AUGAUGCUAGUACCACUGGUUUUUUGUCAUGACCAUCAAACUCACAACAAAGCCAAGGCUUACCAAGAGGGCGAUGUUAUAUUGGGCGGUCUGUUUCCUGUCCAUUCAUACUGCCCAGAUUCGUGCAAUUACAGCUGUGGCGAUUUGCGAUCUCGCGAUAUAGUUUAUUUUACUCAAGCUAUGAUAUUCGCCAUAGAUGAAGCCAAUAACAAUUCUUUCAUUCUCCCAGGAAUAUCGCUUGGAUUUGACAUCCUUGAUUACUGCUCCAAGGACGUCAUUGCAUUGGAAGAGGCGUCUAAUUUUUUUCCAUCUUGUUCUAAAGCUCCUUCGCCACCGAUUGUUGGCGUUAUAGGACCUUAUUCAAGUAGCGUGGCUCUCCAGGUUUCGAAUCUUCUCGGGCUAUUCAAAGUGCCGCACAUAAGUUACGGAGCUACCAGCCCGGUACUUAGCGACAAACAACGCUUCAAGUACUUCGCUCGUACAGUUCCUUCAGAUGAAAUGCGCUCCCGUGCGCUAGUUGAUCUUCUACUUCACAACGGCACGCUUUAUGUCUCUGUAGUUUACUCUGACGAUGAAUUUGGUCGCGAGGGAAGAAAAUCCUUCACAAAAGAAGCAAAGAACCGCGGUAUAUGCAUCGGAACAACAGAAGCUCUUUUACAAGGUGACCAGGCAUCCAAUUUUGAUGAAACAGUAAUCGCUAUCAGCGAGAGGUUAAAUUCUAGAGUAAUAGUCUUGUUUUGCUCCAAGCGCGACAUAGGUUUACUUUUCAGAGCGAUCAAAAAACUUGGGAAGCACAGUUAUUUUCGAUGGGUUAUUGGAGGUGACUCGUCCGAAAUGUCUGUGUAUUUAGAUGGAAACGACGACAUGGCUAGCAACGUGGUAAUAUGUUCGCCCCACAAUGAAAAGGCGACAAUAUUUACGAAGUGGACAAACACAGCCAACUUGGUACAUCGUAACCCUUGGAUCUCAGAAAUAUUAGAGAUUAAUACAACAAAAUACGGAAAUUUUAUCAGUCACGAAGGAGAACAAUCUUCGACCGAUGUUUAUAUUCAAAGUGUCAUAAGCUCUGUGUACACCUUUGUCCACGUCUUAGACGAAAUCUACAAAACAGAUUGCAAGAACAUGUCAAAUCCCAAAUCCUGCUUGCAAGCAAAGUCAAAGGACGGAAAAUUGGUACUUGAAAGGAUUCUAACCAUUUCGUUCAUGCGAAAAAACGGAAGAAAGAUUGAAUUUGAUAAAAACGGCGACAUUUCUGCAGAGUAUGACUUUUUGAAACCACUCAAAGAUGAAUUUGGUAGCGGAUGGGGCCUUACUUUAUUAGGGCGCUGGAGUGAAAAAAAUUGGUCUGGUUCUUCCAUGGUGACGCUGUGUAAGGACAUGGACAUCUUGCCCCGUACUUUAUGUAGUCAGCCCUGCAAACCUGGAGAAAUUAAAAUACCUACCACGGCCUGCUGUUGGAGAUGCAACUUGUGCAACAACAAUGAGAUAACCACUAAAGAACAAAUGGAAUGCUUGCCAUGCAACAAAGGUUUUAAAGUAAGUUUUCCAAAGAAUUAUAAGACUAGCUAUAACAAAAAGUUCAGGAGGGAGUAAGGGAGAGAUCGAUACAAAAGCGAUUGCUCCAACGCUGUGCUCUGCGUGCGUUUCACGUGAUAGAAUGUCAAAACGCACGUUACCAGAUUAGGAGUGAUAGAAGGUCCGUGAUCAGGUUGCGUUCUUAGCAUUCGUUGUGGAAGUCCAAACGAAUGCUGGCUACAUGCGUGCCGCGCAUGCGUGAUAGCAGCCUGGAGAUUAGGAUUGCAGGCUCAUCCUCUCCUCUUCAGAAACUGAAUCCUGCUUGCAGUCUCAUUUAUAGGCUGGAGAAUCUUUUUUAUUGACCAUCUUACGAUAGGGAGAUGGGCGGAAUUAACAAGCUACUACUUCUAACUUGUUCCUUUCAGUCUCCUUUCAGUUUUCUGAUCAGCUGACCCCACCUCAAUGGCGUGUAGGCGGUAAGGAUGUGGGGGGCAACGUGACGUCAUCCAAUAUGGCGGCUAUGACGAGCGCUACUUUGGCCAGGUUUACUGAGAAGGGCUAAAUUCACUAACUUUCAUUUGUUUCUCCUUCUUUUAGCCAGAUGUUAACAAAACCAAGUGUUUAAAGCAGCCAGUUGUUAGCGUGGAUCCAUCGUCUGGUUUCAUUCUGUUCACUAUUUCUUUCUCAAGUACUGGACUCGCGUGUGCAUUGUUAACGCUUGUUAUGUUUAUUAGAUGGCGGGCCCAUCCACUUAUCAAGGCAUCUAGCUGCGGACUGAGCUGUUUGCUUUUGGUUGGGAUAAUGAUAACUUAUGGAGAGAGUUUUUUGAAUCUAAUAACACCAGGUAAGAUAUCAAACACCGCAUACUAAGUUGUAAUUAAUUCUUGUUUUUUUACUGUCAAACUACGAAAACCGUGAACACCUGGAAAAUUUCAGGAAUGUUAAUUGAUCUUGAUUGUGUACGGGCCAAUUACAGCAAAGUUCAAGAUACGUAAGCAAACCUCAAAAUCACAAUCUAAUGUGAACUGUGAACUGCCGAGUGAAGAAUUAAAUGAAGGACGAUCAUCGAAGUUAUAUACACAACUUCUGCAGUUGCGAAAAGAAAGCUUGAAAACACUUCAGGCUUGUACGGGAUUCGAACCCUCGACCUGUGCGAUACCGGUGCAGCGCUCUACCGGUUAAGCUAACAAGCCAACUGAGAGCAGGUCGCUACCGUUGCUGUUUGCGUGUUAUGUACCUCGCGCCUUAUUGGCUAAUUCCUCGUAACACAAUAACAUUCCAUAAAUAUUUCUGGUGUUCACAGUUUUGUGAGUUUCACAGUAACAGUGCUUCCAAUGACACUGAUUAUUUUGCUUGUUUUCACUAUCACGCAAUCAGACACAAAAAUCGAAACUAUCCAACGAAAAAAGACAAAAUUAAAUAACAUAAAUAUGCAAAAAAAUCUCGGCUCGCCAAGAUCCACUGGUCUGAGUGUUUUUUCACCUGACAUAUUAGGAGAGAUGUUUUGCCUAAAUUUACAGAGCUAGCCUGCGUAGCAGGCACCGGUUUUUUAUGGCGAAGGAAGAAAUCUCGAGGAUGCGCGAGGGUAGGAAACUGAGAGGGAGGCCUCCUUCCCGCUUCGCCUGUUCCCCUCGAGAGGUCUGUAAAAUAAAAUAAAUAACCAGCACCUGCUACGCAGGCUAUUACAAAGCUUUUUUUAAAUUUUUUGAAACGCCAUGAUAUGUUUUUCCUCCGAAAGGCACCAACAUUGUUGCUAGAAACCAAGAGAUCACAUGAUCAUUAAGAUAUUCUAUGAAAUCGAGUAGUAAAGCUAAUGAUAAAAAUUAAAAUUAAUACUUAUUCUAAUACAGGAAGUCUUUGAACAGCGAAAUCUCAAAAGCUAAGCCAUUUUCUUAUUUUUCCCUUCAUAUAGAUAACCUGGUGUGUAGCAUGAGGGGCUACACCCGCCUGGGUCACGUGAUGUGUUAUGCGGUUAUGUUUUCUAAAACUCUGAGGGUAAAUCGCCUGUUCAACUCUACUCUCCGUGAGACUAUGAAUCCUACAUUUGUCAGCACUCGCUCGCACUUGGCAAUAAUAAGUUUCAUUGUAGGCUUUACUCUGACUUAUUCUACGGUGUGGGGAUUCCUUAGGUAAGUAAUGACAAAUACUUCCGGGUAUUUCUAAAAGUAAAAGCGCACAAAAAGUGAAGGUGUUUCGAACGGCAAAAACAUUAUUCAGACGUCUGUGGCUUUGAGAUCCAUAGAAGGUUAUUAUAGUGAUCUUGCUGUGUGUUGUUAUGUAGAAUAAACAGGAAUUUUAGAGCUCAUAACGUUUUGUCUAAAUGGCUUGCAGCUCUGCGUGAGGACGAUACAACAAGCAACAGAAAUAAGUGUUACAUUAAAUGAAAGACGAUCAUCCCAGUUAUAGAUGCAACUUUUGCAAUUGCGAAAAGAAAGCUUGAAAAAAAAAUUACAGUUUUAGUAGAGCAGUAUAACUUGAAUUCUGCACCAAUCACACGCAGCCGUGAACGUUGCAAUUGGCUUAAAUGUGAGUUUUCGUCUUUUUUCAGAUACCAACAGAAUGUGUCAAAAAUCUACACACCAGAUGAAGUUGUUGUGCAGUGUAACAUCACGCGACUGAACGUGGCAAUAACAAAUUCAUUUUACUUGGGUCUGCUUGCGUUGUGCGCUGUCUAUACAUUCAAAACUCGCAAACUUCCAAAGCAGUUUAGAGAAACCAAAGGCUUGGCCUUGGCAAUUUAUUUAGCUGCUACUAUUCAUCUUAUUGUUUUGUCCAUCGUCUGCACUAUGGGCGACCAGAACCUGAUUCGAGGAAGAGCCGUUAUUUUGAGUCAGCCAUUGGCUGCUUCUGCCAUAUUCUUUCCGGUUUAUUUACCUAAAUUAUACAGUGUAGUAUUUCAAAAGGAAAAGAUUGUUAGCAUGUCAAAACACGACAAUUCGCCUGGAAAAGGUAAGAAGCGCAGUUCACGUGGCUUCACUUUGCGAUUAAGCCGAUCCACUCUAAAACUUCUCCAACGCAGAAAUGGUACCGUAACCACACGGCAUUUAGGAGUGCAAACUGACGAAUUAAUCCUAAGCCAUUGUGAGUCCUUAGCGACACUUUCCGAAGAUUCCCGAAGCCGUGCAACUUCUACUGAAACCUUACCAAGCAACCGAUGUCUGUCAAUAAUCGAACAAAGCAGACGAGAAGAAAGAUGCGAUGGUCCAAGUUACAAUGAAAAUACAGCUGGCAGUUCUGUUUACUCUACUUGGUUAUAG